AGUGCGCCACAGGCCCACAGCGGUAAGUGGUAGAAAUAGAAGGCUUGAAUGGCGGAUUGCUGCUUUUGCUGGUCAGUGCUUACUGCUUAGUGGACUGAGUCCUGAGAUUUUCAACCCAAAUUAACAAAUUUAAUCUUAAAAUUGUAAACUUGUAAAGUGAAAACCGAAAUCCAAGUUUUCCUGUUACAUAUUUCCUUUCAGAUAGUGUCAGCAUUAGCCCAUUCAUUAAGAUAGUGUUCAGCAGUCAGCACAGUAUUGAAUUAAAUAUUUAUUGAAUUACUCAAGGAAGCACAAACUGGGCUUUCAUUAUAGAUUGAAAUGUUUUCUCUUCAUUAAAAAAAGUAUCUGAUUCAAAAUGAGUUUGGUGGAUAAAGGACGCUUAGCUGAAGCUCUGAAGCUGAAUGGGAAGAAAGCAUCCACAUUUGAUUUUGCCUUUAGCCGCCCUUUGGAUGAAGAUGUACUUCAAUCUCUUAGUGUCAAUGAAGUGGGAGUCAUUCCAGUGCCGAUUUCUUUGAUGGAUAUUGAACGUUUGAAAAGUGACACAGAAGUAGAACUCAGCAUUGAAGGCGGUACCAAUCCCACGAUUGAUACCCAAAUUAGGGAAAUCGAUGCCCAGUCAGUAAAUUUUUUUCCUGAAAAUUUCCUUCAAAAUGGGAUUUCAUCAUUGGCAGCAACAGCUAUGUGUCAUCUAGGAAUUAAUCCAGGCAUUUUAGCUAUUGAAGCCCAUUUAGACAAACUUUCAUUCAUUCCACCUGGUGGUUGUAUGAAGCCUGCCUGUGUUUUGAAGAGAGAGCCAGGCAUGUUUGCAAGUAUGAUUUUGCAAAUCCCAAUUGAAGGUGGCCAUACUGGCGGAAUGUUAAAAGUUCAGUUAGGCAGUAAAUCUAUGGGCUUUGAUUGUGAAUUGGGCGAAAGUCAUAAGUUUCACUUGACUGCCAUUUAUGUUGGCUGUGUGCAAGAGCUGGAGACUGUAACACAAGGCUGGAUGGUUACAUUGUCCUUUAACCUAGUUUGGAAGAAUGCGAUGGCCAUGGCUGAUUCCCCUCUCCCGCUUCCUACUUUACUGGCAGUAUUGAACGAAAUUGCAGAAUCUCUUAAAUCUUGGAAUACCCCAGCUGAUUACGAACCUAUGCGCUUAAAAGUUGAUGCAUCUGUAGAGACUUCCCCGGAAGAAAUUAUCGCUUCCGUACUUGAUACGUCGUCACUCAGUGACCCUCUAGAUUAUUCACCUGCGCUCUUAACAUCCAACUCCAGAUACUCAAAUGAGAACAGCAACAUGCUAUUCUUUUUACUCGAAGAAAAGUACAGCAUAGCCGAUCUCGGAUUUGCUGAUCUAAUUGGGCAGGACCAGUUAUUGGCUCGCAUCUUUAAUUGCUCUUUAUUUCUUGAUAUCCAUUUGGCCGUCAUAUCACAACAUGUUACUGGGGUCCUGGACUAUUGCGAUUUAGAUGAGGGAAAAUCGUUGAAUCAGUCAUUUAAAAUUGAGCAUUGGAUAAAUUCCACCAAUACGUUGAUCAAAUUGAAAGGAAUUGAAUUUGAUUUCCGAACUCAGUUAAUGGGCAACGUGCAAAAGCUUAAGAAUUAUAUUAUCCCUGAAGAAAAAGAAAGAAAGAUACCACAUGGGACGCCACGCUCCUUUUCUUGUAACCAUCCCGUCUUAGUUAUAUGGCCUAAGCCACAAACGAUCCGCAUCUAUUGCCAAUAUGGGUUUAAUGCUGUCCUUGAUCGGAUGGAAGCAGCGGUCGACAUUUCGUCGAAUCGCCAAGAGUUAAUCGGUGAUCUGGGUAUUGUGUUGUCCUUCUGUCGCACGGAACCAGUGAAAGUCUGGGGGGAUCCUACAGUCAAAGCUGGCCAGCGAACUUAUAGAUUGCUUAGGCUUUGCCAAUUUUUACGAGCACGUGACGAGGGACUAGAAGUUCUCGAUUUAAUUGGAACGGAUUUCAGCUUGGAUGGAGAGAAGAACCUUCAUUCGAUCGCGAGUAAUAGUCCGCCCAACUUUGCUGUCUACGAAGGAAUCCGCAGUGAAGAUGUAGCUGAAGCUAUCGCCGAAUUCCAGUGUCUGAUUAGCGGAUGGGUGGCCUGUUUUAAUCGCAUCCUGAAACUAGUCACUCCAAAUCGCAUUGUUGUUCAAUUGAUUCAAUUGAUCAGUCUCGUGAAACACCUUUUGGAUCGCUUCUGUUUUGAGGGAGGCGUACAGUUAAUGGACUGCAUUUCAUCAACUUUAACGGAUUUGGAGCCCAGUUUUGCCACAACUCUGAGUCAGCCGGAAUUGGGUGCGUUUGUGGAUCAGAUUAUUGCGAUGGAAGCCAACCCCCGAACCGCUAAUCCGCUACGUCUGGCACGCUUGGUCUCCCUAUUCCCCCGCCUCGACUUUAAUCAGCAAUGCCAUCUAGUGGUGGAUCUACAGAAGGAAAACUUUCUCCGACUUCGUGGUGUGCCUUCAUGCCUUGGAAUGUUUCGGAACUUGUGCCUCGCUUUGUCUCUAUCCGACCUGCAAACAACGGGACCAAUGACUCUGAUCAUCGUCCAGUUGCUGAAGUGCUUUUUGAAUUUGGGUGACGAAAAUCUAGUACAAUCGCUCACAGAUCAAAUUUGCACCACACAGGCACCGUCGUUGGAUCCAGCCUUUCACAAGAAUAAUUUACUGGAAGCCGUCCUUUCCUCACCAGAGAUUUGGGAGUUGGUCCACACCUCUCAGUUGGCAAAAAACACCAUCGUCAGUCUUGUAUCGGCACGUUUAUCUUUCUUAGUUUCGUUAGUCGAUCAACCCCUUCCUGUGCUUUCUGAUGAAGUCAAUGCUCGAAGAUACGAACCAGUUCGACACUCUUGGAUGAUGGAACUGCCCCAGGAGGCCACUAGAGCCAGUUUGACGGCGUGCAUUCAUCUAGUCUUCCGUUUGGAAAGAGAAACAGCCUUCGAAAAUCAAAAGGGAUUGGAUGCCCUCGCUGAACUCUACCCCAAGUUAUCACUGGAGCAACUGUGUCACCUCAUCUUGGAUCUUCGCGGAUUGGAUGGCAAUUUACUGAAGGACAAUCCAGUCUGUUUCAGCCUCUUUAAGAAUCUUUGCCAGUUGCUGGUCAACAAGUGUAAGGAAGCAUUGCCUCAAGUACCGCACGACAUCAUCAUUGAAGUCGUGAAAACCUUCAUCUGGGUAGGAGACGUCAUGUUGGUGCGUUCGCUGGUGAAACAAAUUUGUUUAGCCGGAAGUGGUGGAUCUUGGGAUCCGAAUGACAAGAACAAUUUGCUGGAGACCAUCUUGUCAUCCCUUGAAUCGUGGUGUGAAGUGGGUCCUAGUUCCAGCCGCCUUGUUCGUGACUCUUCAACCGCACUGAUCGGAGCCUGGAUCGUUGGCUUGUGUCGCAUUCUCGAUCAAGUGGGCGUGAAAGCUGCGUCGACCAGAAAAACGGACGGAUUGCGAAGCAAAAUUGCCACGUGUGUUAACAUUUUCAUUCGCACAGAGAAAAGCCAACCGCGAUCGGAUCAACCGAAUGUUGCCACCUUCUUUACUCUGCUUCUUGGUAAACUAUCCCUGGAGAGGCUCUGUCAUCUUAUCCUGGAUCUGCGCAAGCUGGAUGCUGUCGACUCGUCAUCAUCUGUGCUCAAAUUGCCACCUUGCUCCGAUAUCUAUCGAGACCUGUGUCGUCUUCUCGUCAACAAAGAACUGAAUUCCUUCAUUAAAUCGUACGGAUGGCUGGUGACUGAAUUGUGGAAGUGUUUCCAUUGGUUCGCCGACGAAGACAUUUUUAUGACCCUUUCUCACAAGAUCCUGGAUGCCUUUCUGCCUACCGAAGAAAAUCCCCUGGUGGCGAAAAUUGUUUGGUCAGCAGAACUUCGUUCGAUGGUCAGCACUUCUCCCUGUGGCAAAGCAGCUUUUCGUCUGUUUCUGGACCAACGCAUCAAUCGGUUAAAAACGAUGACCAAACCUUAUCUUUCCUGGGAUCAUCCAUACGCUGUUGUUCCUGGUCAUCCGGAAGUGGAAGCCUUUCUUCGAUCGACGCAAAAGUCGAUGACUUAUUCACACUUCCCAACGUUCGCAAGUGCUUGCAAAUUCUCCGUUCGAGUGGGUGGAACCAAAAACGGCUACUGCGUCCAGGUCGAUCCGGUGAAAAUGGGCAAACGCUUCCGCUGCAAAAUGGAAAAAAUGCUAAGCCGUAACGCCUUGCUGAAAAAGAUGACGGAUGAUUUGAUCGAAUUUCGCGAAACUCUCAUGCAAGCCGACUUCGCCGGAUCAUCUGCCGCCGUUAGCACCACCAACCCACCGGAGAGGAUCAAGAGAGAAGUUCUUUCGGAUGACGAGGAGAUCUGCGUUGCAGGCCCAACUAAACGUGCCAGAGAAGAGCCUGCCUUCCUAGUAAGUGCUGUUGACUAUUAGUCGUACUAAAAUGUCAUGUCGUUUUACACUGAAAAUCUUUGUAGAACGUUUUUGGUUAAUGUCCUCUAUUCAACUUGUCUUAUUCGUUUUUUUAGCCCAUUCUUCCCCCUUUUUGUGUUCGUUAAUUUUUUGAGACUCGGAAAAUUUCCAGAAACAUUUCAUUUAGUUGUGUCAAAUUAUUGUUGAACUGUUAGCUUCUUUGUACACAGUUUUCCUUGUGAGAUUAGUCUCCUGACUCAACUUAACCAUGCCAAACAGAAGAAAAUGUGGGUGUGCAUUGAUACUUGUUAACGUGAAUCUAUAGUGCUAGUGUGAUUUUUAAGAGACUGAUUGAACAUUUUUGUUUCGAAGCUUCCUGUAUCUCUUGUAUCGCACAAAUCAUCCAUCGUUAUUCAUGUUGACGGUUUCAUAAAAUCAAGAUUUUGUUUCGUA